AGAGCUCGCUCACAUUCAGUGUUUCAACCGCCUUAUCGAUUCUUACGCGUGCUGGGGAGAUUCGGCGUUCAGCUUCGCGCUGAUGCUGGGACGUGCUAUUGAGGGCGGAACUGUCGGUGUUCAUCAACAACAUGAAUCCUAACACUAAAUAAAUGGUUACCGGUCACGGGAGUCGGGGAAAGCUACUUUGGUGACGGUCACCGGCGCUUAAAAUCCCUAGACGGGGGAAGAGAGAAACGCGACGCUGAGUUUUAAGCGUUCAGUUGACAGGUGGACCGAUGCCACCCGUUCAGAGAACUAUGUCGGAUCUCCGGACCCGAGCUGAAGGUUAUGAAAAGACAGAAGACACGUCAGAAAAGACUUCUUUAGCAGACCAGGAAGAUUCCAGACUAAUUUUUAUCAAUCAGCCCCAGUUCACCAAGUUCUGCAGUAAUCGUGUCAGCACUGCGAAGUACAAUGUCCUCACGUUCCUGCCUCGGUUCCUGUACUCUCAGUUCAGAAGAGCAGCAAACUCCUUUUUCCUGUUCAUCGCACUUCUGCAGCAAAUCCCUGAUGUGUCACCAACAGGGAGGUGGACAACACUGGUGCCGUUACUCUUCAUCUUGGUGGUGGCAGCAGUGAAGGAGUUUAUAGAAGACUUGAAACGCCACAAUGCUGAUAGUGUUGUUAACAAGAAAGAGACACAAGUAUUGAGGAACGGCGCUUGGGAGAUUGUACAUUGGGAGAAGGUUGUGGUUGGAGACAUAGUUAAAGUUAAUGGCAAAGAUUUCGUACCAGCAGAUGCUAUACUGCUGUCAUCCAGUGAACCUCAAGGAAUGUGCUACAUUGAGACCUCAAAUCUAGAUGGAGAAACUAAUCUCAAGAUCAGACAGGGUCUGCAGAUCACUACGGACAUCAAGGACAUUGACAGUCUAAUGCGUCUCUCUGGACGGAUGGAAUGUGAGAGUCCCAACAGACACCUGUAUGAGUUUGUGGGCAAUAUUCGACUGGAUGGACACAGCACCGUACCACUCGGUCCUGAUCAGAUCUUGCUGAGAGGAGCACAACUCAGGAACACACAGUGGGUCCACGGUAUCGUGGUCUACACAGGACACGACACCAAACUCAUGCAGAACUCCACGUCCCCCCCUCUGAAGCUUUCCAACGUGGAGCGCAUCACCAACUUUCAGAUCCUCUUGCUUUUUGGCUGUCUCUUGGCCAUUUCGUUGGUGUGCUCCAUAGGCCAGACCAUCUGGAAGUACCAGUACGGCAAUGACGCCUGGUAUAUGGACCUCAACUCUCCAGAUGGUGGAGCGGCCAACUUCGGCCUGAACUUCCUCACCUUCAUCAUCCUCUUCAACAACCUGAUUCCCAUCAGUCUUCUGGUGACUCUAGAGGUCAUCAAGUUCGUCCAGGCUUUCUUCAUCAACUGGGACACUGACAUGCUGUAUGAAGUCACCAACACACCAGCUAUGGCCCGGACAUCAAACCUGAAUGAGGAGUUGGGACAGGUGAAGUACAUCUUUUCGGACAAGACAGGCACCCUGACCUGCAACGUCAUGCAGUUUAAGAAGUGCACAAUUGCAGGCGUGGCCUACGGUCAUGCAGCUGAAGUUGAGGAUGGUAGUUUUGCGGAGGAGGACUGUCACAGCUCUCAGUCCACAGAGGAAACUGGAUUUAAUGACCCCAGCUUACUGGAAAACCUCCAAAGUAAUCAUCCCACUGCUUCGGUCAUCCAGGAAUUCAUGACCAUGAUAGCUAUCUGUCACACGGCCGUUCCUGAGUGCACUGACAACAAGAUCACCUACCAGGCUGCAUCCCCAGAUGAAGGCGCUCUGGUUCGGGCAGCACAAAACCUGGGCUUCGUGUUCUCUGGGAGAACUCCAGACUGUGUUAUUGUGGAGUCGCAUGGAGAGGAGGAGAAAUAUGAAUUGCUGCACGUUUUGGAAUUCACAAGCACCAGGAAGAGGAUGUCAGUCAUCAUGCGCACUCCAUCAGGAAAGAUCCGCCUUUAUUGCAAAGGAGCUGACACAGUGAUCUAUGAGCGAUUAACAGACAGCUCCAGAUACAAGGACAUCACCCUGAAACACCUGGAACAGUUUGCCACAGAGGGACUCCGCACAUUGUGUUUUGCUGUGGUGGACAUCUCAGAGUCAUCCUAUCAGCAGUGGCUGGAGGUUCAUCAUCGUGCUUCGACGUCGCUCCAAAACAGGGCACUCAAGAUGGAAGAAAGCUAUGAACUAAUUGAAAAGAACUUGCAGUUGCUGGGGGCCACAGCGAUUGAAGACAAACUUCAAGACAAAGUACCUGAAACCAUCGAGACCCUCAUGAAAGCCGACAUUAAGAUCUGGAUCCUGACUGGAGACAAACAGGAGACCGCCAUCAACAUAGGACACUCCUGCAAACUGCUUACGAAGAACAUGGGCCUGCUGGUGAUAAACGAGGACACCCUGGAUGCUACCAGGGAGACACUCAGCCAUCACUGCAGCAUGCUGGGAGAUGCUCUGCACAAGGAGAACGACUUCGCUCUCAUCAUAGAUGGAAAGACACUGAAGUAUGCCCUCACUUUCGGGGCACGCCAGUAUUUCCUGGACUUGGCACUUUCCUGCAAGGCUGUGAUAUGCUGCAGGGUUUCACCUCUGCAGAAGUCUGAGGUGGUUGAGAUGGUGAAAAAACAGGUGAAAGUGAUCACACUGGCCAUUGGCGAUGGAGCCAACGAUGUGGGCAUGAUCCAGACCGCCCAUGUGGGUGUUGGCAUAUCUGGCAAUGAAGGACUGCAGGCUGCCAACUCGUCAGACUACUCUAUUGCACAGUUCAAGUACUUGAAGAAUCUUCUGUUGGUUCACGGCGCUUGGAAUUACAACCGUGUUGCCAAGUGCAUCCUGUAUUGCUUCUACAAGAACAUUGUGCUUUACAUUAUUGAGAUCUGGUUUGCAUUUGUGAAUGGCUUCUCCGGUCAGAUUCUGUUCGAGCGCUGGUGCAUCGGCCUGUACAAUGUGAUCUUCACUGCUUUGCCUCCUCUGACUCUGGGCAUCUUCGAACGCUCCUGCAGGAAAGAGAACAUGCUCAAGUACCCUGAACUCUACAAAACCUCCCAGAAUGCAAUGGGCUUCAACACCAAGGUCUUCUGGGCUCAUUGUCUGAACGGCCUGUUUCACUCAGUCAUCCUCUUCUGGUUUCCCCUCAAGGCCUUCCAGCACGAUACCGUCUUUGGAAACGGAAAGACACCAGACUAUCUCCUCUUAGGCAACAUGGUUUAUACAUUUGUGGUGAUCACGGUGUGUCUGAAGGCUGGGCUGGAGACAUCGUCCUGGACCAUGUUCAGCCACAUUGCCAUCUGGGGCAGCAUUGGAUUGUGGGUAGUCUUUUUUGGCAUCUACUCCUCAAUAUGGCCCCUGAUUCCUCUGGCCCCGGAUAUGUCAGGAGAGGCGGACAUGAUGUUCAGUUCAGGAGUCUUCUGGAUGGGUCUGAUCUUCAUUCCCAUCACCUCUCUGGUGUUUGAUGUGGCCUACAAAGUUAUGAAAAGGGUGUGCUUUAAGACCCUGGUUGAUGAGGUACAGGAGUUGGAGGCGCUGUCGAAAGACCCAGGAGCUGUGGUGCAUGGGAAGAGUUUGACCGAGAGAGCCCAGCUCCUGAAGAACGUCUUUAAGAAGAGCACCGUCAGUCUGUACCGGUCCGACUCCAUGCAGCAGAAUUUACUCCGUACGUCAGCGACACACAUGAGCUUCGCCACUCACAGGCACACAGACGCAGACACACCUACAUGUUCUCCACAGUGCAGACAUCACAGACAGACUCAUGCAGAAUCACUGAUGCACACACACCCUACCAUCCCCAUCUGCAGCAUCAAAAUGCAGGUUCACUCUCACACGCAAGGGCUUAUGGAUGUGCAACUGCAGACACUCACAGAUGUACAAAUCUGAACCAAAACCCAUGAAAAUUAGGUGAGGAUGGUUGUUCUUGACAGCUGCAGAUAGUAACUAAUGUAGUCAUAAUAUCACUCGAAAGCAACAGCUGCAUUAACAAAGCUCAAGUUAGACUGAGAUGGCACCGGUCAUAGGGUUCCUUUUCAGGCAGCUGUUUUUUGGGCACGGCGACUCAAAUCUCAUGUUUUAUCAGGGAAUAACUUGGCCUUCCGCAUUAAAUCAGGAGAAUUUUGUUGAGGAUAUCGCAGUCCAAAAUUGACUUAUUAAAGCUCAUUCAUGAGGUCGUAAUAUGUACAGUCACAGAGUUCACACACACACACACAUACACAGUCUUAUCAAAUUACUAACAUUUCCUUCCUGGAUAUGCUGUUAUACUACACUUCCAGUUUUCAUGUGCUUCCUUUCAGUGGUUUUCAACUGGUGAGCUACAGGUCUGAUUGAGGUUGCUGAAAACAAAUGCAAAAUGCAGCUAAG